AUGCCUGCCCUUCCCUCAACCCCGACUCACUUGGCCACGACCUGCCGGACGUGGAACCGUCUGCAGGACAUCAAGGCCAAGAAGGACCUCCAGCUGGAUGGAAACAGCCUCGACAUUGCGUCGGUGGUUGCCGUUGCCUACCAUGACUGCAUCCCGGAACUCUCUUCGGACCCCAAUGUCAUCGAUAGCAUCACCGCCAGUGUGGAUGUCCUGAUGGACCACCUGGACCACGGCUACUGCGUCUACGGUGUCAACACUGGCUUCGGUGGCAGUGCCGACUCUCGGACGGACCGGGCCACCUCCCUGCAGGCUGCUCUGCUGCAGCUGACGCAGGCCGGUGUUCUGGUGGCUGCCGACAAGGACCAGCCCACCGACACGGCGUCCCCGGGUGCUCACUCGAUGCCCUCUCCCUGGGUUCGGGCCUCCAUCGCCGUUCGUGCCAACAGCAACGCCCGUGGCCACUCCGCCGUCACUAUCAAGGUGCUGGAGGGUCUGCUGCUGCUGCUGAAGCACCGUAUCACUCCCAUCAUCCCCCUGCGUGGCUCCGUCUCCGCCUCCGGAGAUCUGAUGCCCCUGUCCUACAUCGCCGGUGCCGUCGAGGGCAGCCCCGACAUCUACGUUCGCGUGGCUGACCCCAAGUCGCCCUCCAACCCGCGCAUCAUGACCGCUCGCGAUGCUCUUGCCGAGGCCGGCAUUGAGGCCCGCGUCAUGGGCCCCAAGGAGGGUCUUGGUCUCGUUAACGGUACCGCCGUAUCCGCCGGUGUUGCCAGCUUGGCUCUGCACGAGUCUCACCAGCUGGCCGUGCUCGUCCAGGCGCUCUCCGCCAUGGGCGUUGAGGCCAUGACCGGUACCGCCGAGAGUUUCCACCCCUUCAUCCAGGCCACCCGUCCCCACGACGGCCAGGUCGAGUGUGCCCGCAACGUGCUCUCCCUGCUGCAGGGCUCGCAGCUCGCCGUCGGCGUCAAGCGCGAGAAGGACCGCAAGCGCGCCGGUCUCAUCCAGGACCGCUACGCCUGGCGCAGCGUGCCCCAAUGGGUCGGUCCUCAGCUCGAGGACCUCAUGCUGGCGGACCGCCAGGUCUCCGUCGAGCUGAACUCCUCCUGCGACAACCCCCUCGUCGACACCGUCAACGGCGAGAUCUUCUGCGGCGCCAACUUCCAGGCCGCCGCCGUCACCUCCGCCAUGGAGAAGACGCGUCUCAACCUGCAGAUGAUCGGAAAGCUCAUCUUCGCGCAGGCCACCGAGCUGGUCGACCCCAACUACAACAACGGGCUGCCCACCAACCUCGUCGCCGACGACCCCUCCCUCUCCUUCACCAUGAAGGGCGUCGACAUCUCCAUGGCCGCCUACAUGGCCGAGCUGGCCUACGUCGCGCACCCCGUCAGCGCGCACGUCCAGACCGCCGAGAUGCGCAACCAGGCCGUCAACUCCCUCGCCCUCGUCUCCGGCCGCUACACCAUGCAAGCCGUCGAGCUGGUGUCCCUCAUGUCCUCCGCCUACCUCUACAUCGCCUGCCAGGCUCUGGACCUGCGCGCCCUGCACAUCCGCUUCCUGGAGCGCGUCCUCCCCCGCCUCGAACACCUCACCACCUCCACCAUCGCGUCCUCCCUCCCCGAGUCCCAAAAGUCCUCCCUGACCUCCUCCAUCCUCUCCACCAUCUCCAAGACCUGGCCCACCACCACCCGCAUCCCCAUCGCCGACCGCUGCUCCACCACCGCGCAGGCCGCCAUCCCCGUCAUCGUCUCCGCCGCGGCCUCCUCCCCCCUGCACCUCUCCGACCUCACCACCUGGCAAACCCAGGCCACCUCCAUCAUCAGCGAAACCUACUCGGAGACCUCCGCGUCCUUCAUCGCGAACCCGCACACCACAGACCUCCUCGGCGACGGCGCCAAGAUCCUCUACAAGACCGUCCGCCACGACCUCAAGGUCCCCUUCCACCAGGGCUUCGUGGAGCACCCGACCCCGGAGAGCACGGAGCUGGACGGCCGCGCCAAGAAGACCGUCGGGUCGUGGGUCUCGGUCAUCUAUGAGAGUUUGCGUCGUGGUGAGCUCCAGGGUGGGCUGAUGGAGUUGUUGCAGAAGAGUGCGUGA